AUGAGAAACAGAAAUCUACUGCUGCCAGGACUCUUGAUGCUGCUGCUGUUGACAUUGGGAGCUUCAGCCCAGAACAGUAGAGACUGUGCUCAGUGGUGCCCUCCGAAAUCCACGUGUGUCAAUGCCACUGCCUGUCGCUGCUCCCCAGGAUUCAGUUCUUCAUCCAGGGAGAUCUUCACCAGCCUGUUGGAGAGUUGUGAUGACAUCAAUGAGUGUGGACCACCCUCGGCAGUGUCCUGUGGAAAAUUCGCAGACUGCUGGAACACAGAGGGCAGCUACUACUGUACAUGCAGCCCAGGAUACAAGCUUGCUUCUGGGGCAAAAACGUUCAGGGAUGAGAGUGAGAACAUGUGUCAAGAUGCUCUUACACCUAAUCAACUACUGUUAUCCCCUGCAGGCAUUUUUUUUCCCACCUGGACCCCACCCCAUGGAAUCAAGAGCCAGAGACUCUCCCACUUCUUUGAAAGAGUCCAAGAUCUGGGCAGAAAGUUCAUACCAGCCUUUGUCCAGGACACUAUCCAGGACCUUGUACAGGGUGUGGAUGAGCUGCUGGAGACCCCUGAGGACCUGGAGGCCCUGCCCCGCUCAGAGCAGCACUGUGUGGCCACUAACCUGCUUGUUGGCCUGGAGGAUGUCCUGAGAAACCUGAGCCAGGCCCUGCCCAAUGGGACAUUGACCUUCAACGCAUCUGCAGGCACAGACCUGUCCCUGAAGGUGCGGGAGCAAGGAGAUAGAAAUGUCAUCUUGAGUCAGAGUCAGGUGAAGAUGCUGCUGAACUGGGAUGUGGUGCACGAAUCUGAUGACUCAGGUGCUUCUGUGGUGGGCCUUGUCUCCACACCGGGGAUGGGCAAGUUGCUGGCUGAGGCCCGCCUGGUCCUGGAGCCUGAGAGGCAGGCAGUUCCGCAUGGGGCACACAAGGGCGUGCUGCGAGGAGUCUCCUCUGUCCUGCUCUCACACGUCAUCUCUGCCUUUAUGAGCAACAGGGACACCCAGAACCUCAGCUCCCCUAUCACCUUCAUCUUUUCCCACCAUUCAGUGACCCGUGGGCCAAUGCAAAAGGUGUUCUGCGUCUUCUGGGAUCACACUCCGGAUGGAUAUGGUCAUUGGUCCACCACAGGCUGCAGGAUGGUGGCCACUGGAGACACCAGCACCACCUGCCAGUGCACCCACCUCAGCAGCUUUGCAGUCCUCGUGGCCCACUACAAUGUGCAGGAGGAGGAUCCCAUGCUGGCUGUGAUCACCUACUUGGGGCUGGGCCUCUCUCUCCUGUGCCUCCUCCUGGCAGCCCUCACCUUCCUGCUGUGCAAAACCAUCCAGAACACCAGCACCUCGAUCCACCUGCAGCUCUCAAUCUGCCUCUUCCUGGCCCACCUGCUCUUCCUCACGGCCAUCAACCGGACCGAGAUCAAGGUGCUGUGCGCCAUCAUUGCGGGUGCCCUACACUAUCUCUACCUGGCGUCCUUCACCUGGAUGCUGCUGGAGGGUCUGAAUCUCUUCCUCACUGCACGCAACCUGACGGUGGUCAUCUACUCCAGCGUGAGCAGGGUCAUGAAGAAGCUCAUGUUCCCCGUGGGCUAUGGAGUCCCGGCUAUAAUUGUGGCCAUUUCUGCUGCAUCCAGGCCUCACCUUUAUGGAACACCCACCCGAUGCUGGCUCCACACAGACAAAGGAUUCAUAUGGACCUUCCUUGGCCCUAUCUGCACAAUUUUCUCCAUUAAUUUGGCUUUCUUUCUGAUGACCUUCUGGAUUGUGAAAACCAAGCUCUCUUCCAUCAACAGAGAUGUGUCCUCCCUCCAGAACACAAGGAUGCUGACAUUUAAAGCCACAGCUCAGCUGCUCAUCUUGGGCUGCACAUGGUGCCUGGGCAUCCUGCAGGUGGGUCCAGCUGCCCAUGUCAUGGCUUACCUCUUCACCAUCAUCAACAGCCUGCAGGGCGUCUUCAUCUUCCUGGUGUACUGCCUCCUCAGCCAACAGGUCCGAGAACAAUACAAGAAAUGGUUCAAAGGGGUCAGGAAAACCAAAGCCGAGUCUGAGAAGUAUACUCUCUCAAGUGGGACCAUGUCUGAUGCCUCCAAACACAGUGUGGUAAGAUAUGCAGUGCUCCCAGAGCACUUCACUAACCAGUCCUCUUGA